AUGAAGAGUUUUAUUGCUAUUGCGGUCUUCGCCGCCGGUGCCAAUGCCCUCGUUGGCCGCAGCAACAGCUGCUGCUUUGAGCUCACUGCCUCUGGUGGUGCCUCUGGCACUCUUGGUCAACUGACUGAUGGCCAAGUCCGUGUCGGUGACACCACUCUCUCAGCUUCUGAGUUCUGUCUGUCUGGCUCCAUCAUCACUGACAGUGAGGGUCGUGGAUGUGUUAUCACUUGUAAGUAUACCUCUACAAACGAUAGUCAAUGUCUGAUACUAAUCAAAAAUUUAGCUGAGACUACCCAAUUCCAGUGUGACCAGGGUUCUUCCGGUACCUCUGGUUUCUCCCUGACCUCAUCUGGUCUGCUUGAGUUUGAUGGCAGCUCCUCGUUCAUCGCCUGCCAGACUGGCGAAGACAAUGGAAGCAACAUCUACACCACCGACAGUGACGCGGUGACUAACUGUGUCAGCGUUGAGUUGACCAGUGACUCCACCUGCGCUGUUUCCUCAUCUUCCUCAGUUAUUCCUGCAGCCACUCCUGCCCCAAGCUCUUCUACCCCUGUUCCUGUUGCCGUGAGCCCUGUUGCUUCCUCUGCCCCCGCUCCUGAAGAGACCACAACCACCUCUCGUCCUCUUAUCCCUACCAGCACGGCUCAGUCUGUUACUCCUGUGCCUGUCUCCUCAACCCCAGUGGCCAAGGUCACUACCGCCUCCUCCACUUCCACUUCCACUUCCACCUCCACCACCAGCACUGCCAGCACUGUUGGCAGCUCUACUGGCGCCGCCGCCUCUGGUGCUGCAUCCACCGCCCCUGCUGCAAGCAGUGCCACUGCCCCUGCCCUGGGUUUCGCUCACUGGGUUGCGGCAUUGACUGUCAUGGUUGGCAUGAUGGUUAUCUCCUAA